UUGGUAAGGGUUACAUUGCAUAGUUUAAUCUGUUGAGUUCAGCCAUGGAGGCUGGGUUUGGGGGGAGGGGAGGAACAGUACAGUAGGCAUCCUGACCGUUCUCCACUCUGCACACACACAAACACACGCACACAAAGCUCCGUAGGCCAGACAACACCAAUGUGUGUGUGCGUGUGUGUGACUGUGUGAGUAACUGCACAGAUGGACAAUGGUGGAUGAGACAGGUGUGUCGACCAGGUGUACAGACUUGGGUCUGCAGGCGCAAGUGUUUUCACAGGCUUAAAGCUAACCCAUACACACACACACACACACACACACACACACACACACACACACACACACACACACAGAGCUAACAGUCUACAGCCAUUGCCUCGGCAUCAUUUGCUAACAAAUCUAAAGUGCAAAUCACUCCCAUACAAUCUGCCUUCAGCCCUCGUAGAGCCAUUUACAUUUGGAAUACUUCAUUUCCUCCCAGUUUAAUUACCUAAUUUCACCCAGUUGCAAUCCACCAUUAAAAUGAAAUCCUUUGUUGGCGUUCACGAUCAUUUUUUUAUUUUUUAAAUUGUGGACUAAUUUUCAUAAUUUCCUCAUAUUUCUCAUCAGUUUUUCCAAUGAUUCAAUUUCACCUCUAGGGGGAGCCCUCUGUUUUCUCUAUUGGUCGAGGAACCAGCUAAUUGGUUUGGUUAAUUGCACCGUAACCACAGGAAUGCUACCGGCAGUGUGUGUGUGUGUCUGUCUGUUUUAGCAGUGUGUGGAUUCAACACUGGACUCAGUAUGUGCUGAAGUGGACGGCCUCUGCUGGAUGGGGCUUGAGGAAUCGCCCAGAGAUUCAGACAAUAGCUGACCCACCGUGGGCCUGGUGGGGUGGCUGUGCUUUUUAGGAAUGCUGUAUGUCUGCUGCCUGUCAGGAACACAAGUGUGUGUGUGUGUGUGUGUGUGUGUGGGUGUGCUCCCACUGUUCCCAGUUUCUUCAGUGUUUUCAUGAAGGCCUCUCCCUCCCUGCUGUUUGCUUAGUGCAGGCUGAGACAGACAGCUCAAUGUGAGCUAAGGAUUCAUACACACACAUAGACCACAUGCUCCAGGCGCUCCCAUUCAUUUUCUUCAUCUAAACUUGAUUUGGUGUGUGUGUGUGUCUGUGUGUGUGUCUGUGGUUGGAGCUUCAUAAUAUUGUCUAUAUUGUGUUUGCAUGCAUGAACCUCUUUGUUAUAUUCCCGUGCGCAUGCAUGUAUAUUAAUGUCCUUUUUAGAAUGUAUGUACCAGUGCAUGUAUUCGUUUUUUUUGUAGCAUUGCUGUGUGUGUGCGUGCACAUGCAUGUGCACAGGUGUCCUUUGUGAUGUUUUUGUGCCCUUGCACAGCACGGGCCUGUGUGAUUGUCAUUUCUGUCAUGUCUGCCUGGACAUCUUUGGUAGUCAGCUUCAGUUCAUUGGAGGGUUGGCACUCCGACAGUCAAUUCCUAAAGCUGCUAGUAUUUCUCUCUGCCUGCGCUCGUGAGUCUGUGUGCGUUCAUUAGUGUGAAAUAUAGCUGGAAUAAACCUGCAAUAGCAAUAGAUGUUGAGGAUAAUAGAAAUGAAAAUUAUUGGAAUUGUAAAAUUAGUUUUCAUGCACAAUGAGGCGUAAACCCACUGUAUGCAUGUGUGUGUGUGUGUGUGUGUGUGUGUGUGUGUGUGUGUGUAAGUGUAGAAUCAGGUUUCGGCUUUCCUUCAUUGGCUGUGUGGUUUGAUGAUGGACACUUUGGUUUCUCGGUGCCUCUUCCUGUGGUCUGUGUUUUCAGUAGCUGCUGGGUUGGUCGGCCACAGGCCAGAGUGCUGCAGCCGAGACAGUUUCCCUCCACGUGGAGGAAAAAUAGUAGCUGAGCCUUUCUUCCUUGUCUACAAUAUAGAAAUAGUUCCACACUUUGGGAAAUACGCUUAUUCGCUUCAUAACAAUAUAUACUGUGUUAAUAAGGGAGCUUUAGAGGUUUCCUGGUAGGCUGAUUAUUUUGUUACCUUUGGACAAAUGCUAAGCUAACAGUCCCCUCCCGGCUGUAGUUUUUUGUCCAUGAGCUUGGUAUCAAUCUUCUCAUCUAACUCUCAGCAAGAAAUCAAAUACUUGUAUGUGCAUUACUCACCAUGUCAAACUAUUCCCUCAAGUCUCUGAUUUUCUGCCACAUGUACAAUUCACCAGCAUGUAGCUAAUGCUUUAUCUUUACAUUAUGACAGGACACAUGGCUAGUGAUGAACUUAGCAGAGCCACCCUGUCACCCAUCAGAGUAAAAAUGAAGUUGUAGCAGUGUUUAAUACAGCCGGCAAUUAACUAUUUGCGAUGUAAAGAUAGAGUGGAGCAAUAUUUACCUGAGCAGAGAAAGUCACUCUCCCUCUGUGUGUGAUGCUGUCCGAGGUUCUCCUUGCUUUGUUGACAUAGCCGGGCAAGUGUGUGCAUCCUUUAUAGUGCAUAUUAUUCCUGAUUCAUACUCCUGCGGCUGUGCGCUCAUGCAUUAACACGUAAUUCCUUCUGAUUUGGACCUGUGGUCUUUUGUCAGGUGGGCUUUGAUGUAUUCGAUAGAGGUGAUUCAAUAGUUCCAUAUGAGUUUGGCCCAACACAACUCAAUGGCUGUAAAAAAAGAAACAUUAAGGAAGAGUUGGACAAUAAGGUGGAGCUCCUGUGCCUAGAAUUAAUAAGGUUGUUGUUGUAACAGGAUGCGAGGUACUAUGCAUCGCAUUUUUUUCGUUAUGAGGAGGCUCUCUGCGAGCUCCGCAAACCUGGCUCUGCGGCUCUGCGGAAGCUUUCCACAAGCUUCCCAGAAGUAUUGCAACUACGGAAUUGAUGCAGAAGCUUAGCUGCAACCAGGCAGCAACCUCCGGUUCUGAAGAAGUGUCUUAAACUAGCAUUCUCUCUACGGGCCAGCAUCGGGCGACUCCUCUGGUUGCAAAACAAAGUCUAAUAGUAUAGAAGUCUAUGAGAAAAUGACUCUACUUCUCUCUUGAUUUAUUACCUCAGUAAACAUUGGAAACAUGAGUUUCGAGUAAUCUAAUGUGCACUUUCGUCAAACAUUUAUAUGAUCCUUCGUACAGCUGGAUGUCGCUUUUAUGUUCUAAACUUUCUGUGUUUUACUGAAUCUAUAGUUUCAAGUCUUCUUCAACACAGCGUGAUGUAAAUAAAGCAGGGUAUGCUUUAGGGCUGGCUUACUGGGAUUGACAGGUCAUUGGCAUUACCAGAGACGUAUACAGCAUCUGUACGUCACUCCUCCGCAGUCCAAAUAUGGUAACCUCUAUUCAUUGGUUGACAAAAGCCAAGAUGGCGCCGUCCAAAUUGCCGAACGUAAGGCUUCAAAACGGCAGUCUACAAACCAAUGAGUGAUGUUACGACGACUACGUUUACUUCUUAUAUACAGUCUGUGGAGCCAACCCUCUGGUUUCCCCCCUAGGUAAACACUGUUAGCACUAUUGCCGUUGUUUGCACUGUUAGCUGCAAGCCGCCAGCUCAGCUGCCACCAUGUUGAGAACUGUGGGGAGGCAAUCCCUCUGCUCACAAUAUUGAAUUCAGCACCUUUAAAGCAGUCUCAGUCUCCCACUCAGAUCCAUGUGGGAGUAACACGGUGCUGAUUGAAGAAUAGGGAUGUUUCAUUGCUAUUCAGGCCCAUAUUGCACAAUGAAAGAUUGCAUUCUAAGAAAUGUUUGCUGAUCACGCUCUUUCCGCCGUUGCCACCCCUUCACUGUGAUUUCUGAAUCAACUCCAAGAGCUGAAGAUUAUUAUUUUACAAAUUGAUGUUGAGAGUCUGAUUUCCUCUGGUGGCUAUUUGCUGCUGAAUUAAGGGUUUCAUGGUGCAGAGAAAUGUGCCGUUAGCCCCUCUUUUAAACGACAGCGAGCUAAAGAUGAAGUGUUAUCAGCGAGUCACGUCUUUUCACAGGUCGUCCUGCUCUGUUACUGCAGAGUUAUCUCUCUCUUUGUCCAUCUUCUCUCUCAUUUAGUCUCCCUUCCUCUUCUCACCCCUUUCCUCCCCAUAUAUUUCUGCCUCUCCCUCGUUGGAUGUCACUUUCCUCUUUCUCGUUUUCUCUCCUCUGCUCAUCUCAUCCUCCUUCCCUCUUUCUUCAAAUAUCUUCUCCCAACUUCCUCUUUGCGUAUAUCUCCCUCUCAGCCUCCACUUAGAGUGCCUCAGCUCUUCUCCCGUGCGAGCAACCAAAUAGGCAAACAGUCAUGCAGCUCUCCUAUCACAAUAUAAUGAGAUUGGGAGCACCCAAAUUGAAAGAAGCCAUUUUCUACAGCUGUCAACUUAUUAUCGAGAGGGGACCGGCUCAUUCUCCGGCGGAGGAGAGAGGAAUGAAGGUGAUGUAGGGAUGAAGGAGAGCUGGUUUUGAAGUGAGAGAGUUGCUGAGGCAGGAGGGGGGGCUCAGAGGUGAUGAGCUGUUUUACAUUUUGAAUGUUGUCUUUUUUCCUCCUCUGGUUUUUCACUUUGGUCACUAGUGGAGCCUGGAAGUCCAAGUCUUUUUUUCACCAUGUUCGCCUUACUGUAGUAUGUAAAAAAGAAGCAUGUAAGGCUUUCUGAACCUGUGUUUGUGACUGUUAGAGCACCUCUCAGUGUGUGAGCCUUUAUUCUCCCUCCUCAUCACUAUUUAUAGGUGUACUUCUGCAGGUACAAACUCUGACUUUAAAUGAAGCAUUUAGGUGUUGCUUUUAUCCACAGUGGCUGCUUCUCUCUGGACAGGCCUCUACCCCGCUCAGUUCGUCUUCAGCUUAUUGUAAACUACACGGAGGACCGCUUGCAAAGCACUAAAGCAAAGUGAAGCGAGUUGAGGAAAAGUGACGUACCUCCAACGUCGCCAUUCAAAUACUCUAUUUGUCAAAUGCUCAGCCGAUUGCAGGCGCCGAGCUGCACAGAAACACAUCCUCUUCAGCAGAAGGCGAGCAGUCCAUUCCAAACGACACAUAUUGACACCCGGAUCCCAUCCUUUAAAUGUCACACAUCCAGCGAUGGCCCGCAAGGUUGCAGAACUGGUUCAGGAGGUUUUGAAGAUGUCGACGCACAAGCUGUCAGACCUCACCAGCAUCUGCUGGGUCUUACGGGAGUUAAAUUUGUCCUUAUACUAACCAGGACAGUUGAUUGUUGUUGACAUUUUCACAAGUUUUAUCCAGUUUGAGGAUAUUAAAGUGUAGAUAAUCCUCUUUCCGUUUGAGCGUCUUGUCAAAAAGUCACAUCUUAAUUUUGCUUUUCCUCUGCUCAAAGAUGAUGAUCUGUUCUGUUUGUACCUUGAGAGUUUGUUGUAGUGUGUUGUAGUGGCAGAUUUCAAUAAGUACCUUUUCGUCUGUUAAUUAGCAGAUAUUAAAAAACAAAAAAAUGAUUUCACAGAUUUCAGUAAAAUCUUGGACAAAUUGAAGGCUUGGGCCAAGAGGGAACUGGUUAGAUUUGAUGCAGAUAAAGCUAAAAUAUGAAAUUCUUUUUUUGCGUUUCGGGCAUUUUGUGGCUUUAAAAUCUAAUUAUUUUUCCACUGGAUCUAUUAGAUCAUGAUGAAUCCAUUAGGAUGAGUUUGCAAUUUUAAAUUACCAAAUUUGAUCCAAUCGUCACCAAAUUAAAGUUGUACACCUUUUAAUUUAUUUUCUGUCAUUAUUUGCCAGAUUCCUUUAGAUGCAGCCUCUAUGCUACACAUCAAAAGUGAGUUUUCAGGUGUUGGAGAUUGAGAUCAAACCUUUUGUGGCUCCAGAGGGAGCUGCAUGAAGUCAGAUAAACGUCCUCAAGUCACUUGAGUCAGGGCUGAAAACACAAAUUUGAAAUCGAAAAAGAAAUGCGUGUUUGUGGAGUUAUCUCAAGUUAUCUCAACAAAAAGAAACCUGAAACUCGCUCCUCUUUCGAGCAUAACGUACCUGAAUCUCUGAUUGAACUGUCAGCAGUCGAGUUGCAUUGUGGGUAAGGUAGGCAGCAGGUUUUGGAAAGGGAAGAAAAAUGCAUAGAUUAAAAAGAACGAUAUCUCUGGUCUGACACUGUUAUGCAAUGCUAAAUCGGCUGCACUGCACUGUAUUUGUGAGGACGCUGUUGUCCCAGCACUGUAGCUCUGUGCGUAUGUGUGUCGCUGUAGUUUACUGUGUCCUGUAUCUACCGUCUGUAUUGUGACCUUGAUGGCUGCACUCAGCAGGAAGACACUAGAGAGGAGUGAUUAACAGGAAAGAGAGACAAAGAGAAGACAGAGAAGUGCGAAGGAACAUGCAAAUAACAAAGAAGAAGUGCAGCGAGAAAUGGGCAAAGUGUGAAAGGUAAACAUGCAACAACAACAAGAUAAUCGGAAGAAAAAAGACGGAAAAAGAGAUUUCUUUAAAAGACUGAGAAGUGGAGAGGGAGUGAGAGAGGAUGUAGGGGGGAGAGGAGCAGUGACUCACCACACAUCUAUCAUUUUUUUCCCUUUUUCUUCUUCUCCCUACAGGCAAUCUGGAGGUGCAGUCAUCAAGAACAGUCUUGGUGAGGAGUUCUAUAAGGAGGCCAUUGAACACUGUCGCAGCUACAAUGCCCGUCUGUGCGCAGAGCGCUCCAUGCGUCUCCCCUUCCUGGACUCCCAGACCGGCGUGGCCCAGAGCAACUGCUACAUCUGGAUGGAGAAGAACCACCGCGGACCAGGUCAUGCUCCAGGUCAGUUGUACACAUAUCCCGCUCGCUGCUGGCGGAAGAAGAGACGGCUAAACAUCCUGGAGGACCCGCGGCUUGUACCGAUCGAGUUCAAGAUCGACUACGAGGCUUCUCUAAAGAAGGAGGGGGGCGUCCCAGAUGGUCCCGUGUUGGAGUCGCUGCUCGCCGGGGAAACCCUGGACAAGAAGGUAGAAACCAAGGAAGAAGAGCCAAUGAGCGAGUGUCAGAAGCUGCUGGUCGGGGAUUUCCCUCAUGAGCUGGAGGGGGACGAGAUAGAGGAAGACGUCCCGAAACGCAAGAACCGUACCAAAGCACGGGCCUAUGGUGUCGGGGGCAUGAGGAAGAGACAAGAGCCGGCUGCCAUUGAAGACAGAGACAAGCCCUACGUCUGUGACAUCUGUGGAAAGCGCUAUAAGAACCGCCCAGGGCUGAGUUACCAUUACACUCACACACACCUGGCAGAUGAGGAGGGGGAAGAAGACUCGGAGCGACACACACUACCCUUCCAGCGCAAGAACAACCACAAGCCCAAGAAAGCACCGGACGGCUCAGUGAUCGCCAACGGCUACUGCGACUUCUGCCUCGGAGGCUCAAAGAAGACCGGCUGUCCUGAAGACCUUAUCUCCUGUGCGGACUGUGGACGCUCAGGCCACCCGUCCUGUCUGCAGUUCACAGUGAACAUGACGGCUGCGGUGAGGACUUAUCGCUGGCAGUGCAUCGAGUGCAAGUCCUGCAGUCUGUGUGGCACCUCUGAGAACGACGACCAGCUGUUGUUCUGUGACGACUGUGACAGAGGCUACCACAUGUACUGUCUGAGCCCUCCCAUGUCUGAACCACCAGAGGGGAGCUGGAGCUGUCAUCUGUGUCUGAGACACUUGAAGGAGAAGGCCUCAGCCUACAUCACCCUCACUUAAUCCGCGGAGCUGCGCCUCAUCCUCUCAGCCCUUCAUCCUUUCCCAAGCCACCUCUUCGUCACCCCUUCUCUGUGCCUCAGCUGACCCGCCCCAUCCCCCCCACCCCUCCUCCUCUUCUGAUCUUUCCGUCGCCGCCACUUCCUCCUCCACAAGCCAUUCCGGUGACCUCUGACACGACUGAGCACAUAGCACCCACAGCGCUGCACCCAUUCUUGAACGUCUCUCCAGCCGCAAACCGACCUCCGUCCUUUUUUGUGGUCACGCACACGUGCCCUGAUGCUUGACCUGAACGCCCCCCCCCCCCCCCCCCCCCAC